GCAAGAUGGCGACCGCCGUGCAUGUUGUGGUGUUGGCGGUGUUGUUGUCGGUGGUUGUAGGGGAGGCAGCACAUCGAGUCAACGUUCACGCCGUGUAUGAUGAAACCAGUGGGCGGUUCCAGGUACUCGAGGGAUUCACCACAGAGGAUUCCCUGGCGUGGGCACAGUUCAUCAACUCCGUCAAUGAAACUGGAUGGGGUUAUCUAGAACUAAGCACGCAGUAUGAAUACGAUGAAAAAUACAACGACUCCAUGUUGGCCUACGCUGCCGGCUUGGUGGAGGGCUACGUCACACGUGACCUCAUCAACAUGCACUGGGAGAACACCAUGGCCGGCUACUGCGACGAACCCUACUCCGCCUACUGUCAACGUCUGCGCGACUUCCUCGAGACCAACUUAAACUGGAUUCGAACCUCAAUCAAGAACAACCCCGAUGACCCCUACUGGCAUCAGGUGGAGAUGUUCUACACCCAGCUGCGGGGGAUGUCCGACGGCUACAACAAUGACCCUCAGAGGCCCUCGCUGGACAUAGACCCAUUCGGGUUGUACAUGUUCCAGAUCAGUGACGACGUGGGGGAUCUGGAGGUAGCGCUUCACAAACCCGGCGUCAGGGUCGACCAGCCACGACGUGGUCACUGCUCCGCCAUCGUCAAAGUCGACCCUGAGUACGGGGACCUCCUCGUCGCCCACAACACGUGGACCAGCUACAAGAACAUGCUGCGCAUGCUCAAGAAAUACACGCUACAGUACAGCAUGACUGACGCCAUGAAGGGCGUGAUGCCCAGGGGCAGUGUGUGGACGUUCUCCUCCUACCCCGGCUACCUCGUCUCCUCCGACGACUUCUACGUGCUCUCCUCCUGGAUGGUCACCAUGGAAACAACAAUCCCCAACAACAACUCCGCCCUGUACCAGCACACGAAGCCCGAGGGGUGCGUGUUGGAGCCCGUGCGGGUGUGGGCGGCCAACAGACUGGCCGCGACGGGACAGGAGUGGGUGCUUAACUUCAGCCGGUACAACAGCGGCACCUACAACAACCAGUGGAUGAUUGUGGACCAAAAACUGGUUCAAGAAAAUCUUCCCCCGGGGGUACUGACGAUUGUAGAGCAGAUGCCGGGCUACGUUGAAUAUGCAGAUGUGACUGACGUCUUAACGAAAAACACCUACUGGGCCAGCUAUAACAUUGCAUAUUUCCCGAAAAUAUUCAACAUGAGCGGCCAACAACAGUUUGUCGACAAGUAUGGGGACUACUUCACGCACGACAUGUGCCGCCGUGCUCAGAUAUUCCGCCGCGAUCACCACAAGGUCAAGGACAGAAAUACGCUGUUUAAUUUAAUGAGGUACAACGACUUCCAACACGACCCCCUGUCUAAGUGCAACUGUACCCCGGGGUACAGCGCCGACCUCGCCAUCGCAGCUCGCGACGACCUGAACGACGAAACCGGGACCUACCUCUACGACGCCCUAGGAUACGCCAUGAGGGGGGCUAUAGACGUGAAGAUGGUAGGGACGGGGGAGAUGCAGUGGCUGUUGUUUGAUGCCGUCUCGGGGCCCACGUCUGACCAGCAACCGCCGUUCCAGUGGUCAAAGGUCAAGGACGCCGACACGUACCCCCACUUUGGACAGCCAGACAUAUUCAACUUUAAACCCGUGUCAUUUAACGGAACAGUUUUACCACCUUUCACGCCCGCUUGGUACCCAGAAACAUGACGUACAGUUAAACCUCGUUAAUCCGGACGAACAUGACAUACAGUGAAACCUCGUUAAUCCGGACGAACAUGACAUACAGUGAAACCUCGUUAAUCCGGACUUGACUGUUCUGUGUCACGCCACUCGGAUCGAUGAUAUGCAUCAACAAGCCUGACCCCCCGAUCCCGUUAGUUGCCUCUUACGACAAGCAUCGUCGCCUUUUACGACAAGCAUGGGUUUCUGAAGACCUAUUCUACCCCGGAUCUUAACAGGUCUACUGUUCAGCGAAAUCGUCCAGAUUAACGAAUCAGGGUAAAAUUCCUUUAUAUCUUUACAGAUGUCCCUGAUACGUCAGGUGUCGGGAUUAUCGAGAUGUCACUGUUCACAAAAUUUUAUGUUAUUUACGGAAUACUAAUUUUUUUGUGUCUC